AUUUAUUAGACUCGGCUCAAAAGCUAUUAAUCUUAGAAACGCCAGUAAGGCCACUGAUUUCUUGGAGGAAGCCAAAAGUAAGAUAAAGCAUAGGAAUAAACUUAUCCGUAUAGCAGAUUCUUCAUCGGCAGGCUGGUUAACUAUACAGGAGUAUGAGCAGAACGAAGUCGCUAGCGACUCUGAUGACGAUAAAAAGAUUCGUAGAGCCGAGGAGAGGGCCAAGGCAAAGUUGGAAAAGUCUAAAAAGUUUGAGUCUGAUAAUAGCUUAGCUGGUAAUAGUAACCAGUCUUUUCGUAGCUAUCGGAGAGAACUACAAAGAAAUACAAUGGCGGGACAACAGAAAACCGUUGGCAGUCGAGACAUCGUUUGUUACGCAUGCGGAGGAGUGGGUCACUUCGCAACCGGCUGCGCCGCCCAUCUCAGGAUGUCCAGUGUCGAGCGACCCUUGGAGUCUGGAACCUCAAGAAGGUCGGCAGUCCCCAUCCUGGACAAUACCAGUGCCAAGCCAGAGACAAAAGAAAAAUGAAGUUUCAGAUUGUCAAUGUAAGGACGAUAAGUAUUGGCUUUUUGCUGAAUCGUCAGAAUUUCUUCCUGAUUUAGAUUUCACUGAAAUAUUUUGUGAGACAAUUGAAAGCUCAUUUUCUGUUUCGGAUCGUUCUGUUAAAAAGAGACUUCAAGCUGCACUUCCGUUUUGGAAAAAUACUAUUCAAGCAAACACUGA